UCAUUGUAGCCGCUGGCCGCGCCCACGUAAAGGACAGAACGCCGUGACACUCCGCUCUUUCCUGGGCCCUCUGGAUAGCCUGGGCUUGCUUUAGGAGUACCGUGCUUCUGAUGGCCUCCUCCCAUUUGGCUUCGCUGGAGAGGAAGUCGUUAGGCAACGCGGGACAUCGCCAGAGCAUGUGAGCCAUUGAGCAAAAGGUUUCAGUGCAGUCAGGACAACAAGGGUCCACAUCCGAGUACAUCCUACUGAGGAAUCCCCGCGACGGGAAAGAUCCCGUCUGCAGCAUUCUAAGUGUAGCUGACUGACCUCUACUGAGCUUCGGUUGAGGCAGAGGAUAAAUUCUCCGACCAAGUUGGUAAUGUUUAGUGAUUUCAUUAAAUGUGAGGAGUGGAUCGUUCUGCUGAGGCCCUUCCUGCCCCUCCGGAGCCUCCAGACCGUCGCGGCGCGUUAGUUCUCGCGCACGGUCGUGGGCAAGCUCGUUGAGGUUUGGGAAUCCCUCGAGAACGUUCGUCCCCAUGUGUGCGGGGAACCACGUGACAUAAUGAAAACCGGGGCAAGCCCUUUUCUCUAAAAUGGAGGCCGCUUCUCGUGCGAGGUUACCCGACUCGAAAGCUCUGAUUGCGUCUCUCGAGUCGGUGUAAAUGUAGGAACGCUCUGGAUCACACAAGGCCAGCGCAACCGCAAUUUGCUCUGCUAUAUUCGCGGUGGCCGCUCUGACCGAGGCCGAGGACCGAAGCACCCCCCGCCCGUCUACAACCGACAGCGCGAACACUCUCCUGUUCCCGCACUGCGCCGCAUCGACAAAGACCGCGGUGUCUCUGUCAUCCCUAACUUUCUUCAAUAUGGCUCGUGCACGGGCUUUACGUCUACCCUCGUUAUACUGCGGAUGUAUGUUACGCGGGAAGGGCCUCACCAGGUAUGUCGCCCGCGUUUCUCGUGUCAAUGUUAUACGCCGGUCCUCCAUUAUCCUAGGAGCCCUGCCAACCUCGUCGAGAAUUCGCCUUCCAGCUUGGGUCGACGAUAGCCUAACCACCUGGGCAGUGACCUGUGCCUCUAUGAUCUCGUCUAUGCUAUUGUACAUACCGAGUUGAUCUAGCCUGUCGGAGCUCGUGGCAAUAGGCAAGCCGAGCACUUUCUUGAUGCUCUUGCGCAUGAGUGUAUUUAAUUUGGUCUUUUCCGUUUUUGUCCACACUAGAGCUGACGCCACAUAGUUAAUAUGGCUCAUGAGGAACGCGUUGUACAUCCGAAGGAGGUUGUCUUCACCUAACCUCUUCUUUCGGUUGGACACCCUAGAAAUUAGCCGCAACAUAUUGUCUGUUUUAGCUGUAACGUGGGUAAUUGUUCUGGCAUUACAGCCCCUCGCGUCUAUGAGCAGGCCUAGGAUCUUAACUGAGUCGACUCUGGGAAUUUUCUGCCCAUUAUUCGCGUAUAAUGCCACGGGUAGCUGGUUGAGGGGUGUCAGACGACGAACCCCUUGCCUUGCGGGUCUGUAAAGCAACAGCUCCGAUUUACUCGUAGACAGCUUGAGACCCGUGUCCGCGAGGUAAGCCUCCGUCUCGUCCAAGGCCGCUUGUAGAGCUUGCUCCAUUUCAGCGAGGGAGCCCCCUGGGCACCAGAUCGUGAUGUCAUCUGCGUAAAGUGCGUGACCUAUGCCCUGGAGGCCGCCCAGCCUAUCUGAUAGACCCUUCAUGACGAUAUUGAAGAGCAGUGGCGAGAUGACUGAUCCCUGAGGGGUACCCCGAGCUCCCAAUUCGUACACGCUCGACCGAAUCUGCCCCACCUGAAUAGUAGCAGUUCUAUUCAUGAGAAAGGACCUGACGAAGGCCUGGAAUUUGACUCCCAGGCCUAUCCCAGCCGUGGCUUGCAGAAUGUAUCUAUGAAACACUGUGUCGAACGCCUUAGUGAGAUCCAGGGCGAGAAUCCCUCUCACGUCCCGGGUGGCGCUAUCAAAGAUUUGCUUCCUUAGCAUUAGCAUAACCUCCUGCGUUGAUAGGCCGGGCCGAAAACCAACCAUAUUAUGUGGGAAGAGGUUUUGGCGCUCUAUGUACCCGGAAACCCGGUUCAAGAUCGCGUGCUCCGCUACCUUACCUAUGCACGAGGUUAGUGAUAUUGGCCUCAUGUUGUCCAAAUGAAGAGGUUUGCCUGGUUUAGGGAUAAGUGUCACUAUAGCCGACCUCCAUCCGUCAGGCACCUGUCCUGUCUCCCAUACCCUGUUGACCUCCUUAGUAAGUAGUUCCACUGCUUUAUCGUCCAGGUUUCGUAAUAGCCUGUUAGAAACUUUAUCCGGACCCGGAGCCGAUCUGCUCCUUAAAUUGUAGAUCACCGCCCUGAACUCUGAUUCUGUGAAAGGCGCGUCCAGUUCCUCUACCGUCGCGCACUCGAUCUGCGGAUAAUCCUCUUCCUGCGUCGGCCCUAUAGGAAGGUAUUUAUCCGCGAUCGCAUUGAAAAGUGACUCUUCACUACCUCCCUCCUGUUUGUGCCGGUGUAUGACUUUACUAAGUGUUUGCCUUUGAUUAUGCUUUGUCUGCGCGUCACCCAGGAGGUGCUUGAGGAGGUUCCACUUCCCUCCUGAGCGCAUGGACCCGUCUACUGCCGCGCAAACCUCGUCCCAUUGUAGCCUAUUGAGCUCCGCACAAUAUCUCUUAAUCUCUCUAUUAAGCUCCGCAACCUUUUUCCUCAGCCUACGAUUUAACCUUUGUGUUUUCCACUUCAUCAGAAUUGACGAUUUCGCCUCCAACAGAUGCGCUAGGUGCGGAUCCAUUCUUGGGACCUCCGCUUCUGUUUGUACUACCUUAGUAGCCCUCUCGACGUCCUCUGUUAGCGAUUCGAUAGCUUCGUCAAACGAGGAAAAUGUGCUCGUUCGCUCCUUCCUAAGUUUCCUGAACUCUUCCCAAUCCGUGACUCGAAAUACCCUGGCCGGUCGGGCUUCCACGUUAAUUUUAUCGCUACUAUGAAGUGGUCACUGCCCAGGUUCUCCUGCUUAUUGGCCAACGUUACGUUACCUACGUUCCUUACACAGGCCAAAUCAGGCGUUGUGUCUCGCGCAACUGACGUGCCCAGCCUAGUGGGGAACCCUGGGUCCGUGAUUACCGAAAACGCAAGAUCAUCCAGGAUCCUCGCCAGGUUCUCUCCUUUUACAGUCCGUCUGACGUAGCCCCAUGCAUUAUGAGGGGCAUUAAAGUCCCCAGUAACUAUCAGAGGAGAGUGUUCGGCUAUCGAAAUCGCCUUCCUAAGCAGGGAGUUAAACGUCUGUCUCUGGUCCGACGGCGGGCUAUAGACAUUAAGCACAAAGACGCUCUGCUUGAGACGCCCGUGCGGUAUAACCUCCACGAAAAGGGCCUCCAUCUUACCCCGUCCAGAGUGGAUUGGAUGUUCAAUAAAGGCUAGAUUUUUUUUAAUCAUCGUAGCUAGUCCUCUGCCUCCCUCGUUCCUGACCGACACAGUGUUGAAGCCAGAAAGGGUAGGGUCGUCACAUAGUGUUUCCUGUAAUAACAAAAUCUGCGGUUUUUCCACCUCAUUCGCCAAAAGUUGCCGUAGCGGAGCCUUGCGCCUUUGAAAACUAGCGCAGUUCCACUGCCAUAUUACCAGCUCUUUGUGAUCGCCCGCCAUGAUGCUACAACAACAUACCUUGCUCCACAGCCGGAGCAACCUCGGAGUGAUUCACUGCCUUGCUUUGCGCUCGGACCUUGGCUUUGGCCUUAAUCGCCGCCUUUUUUUCUAGUACCGUCACUCUUUGGACCAAAAGCUUUACGCUUUCCUGAUUUUAUCUACUUAUCCUAAGUAGUUCCUCCAACAUCUUUCUUUGCUGGACCUCUCCCUCAGACGUUUCCGAGUCGCUCUCGUCGUUAGGAAGGGGGGCCUUACGCUUUGCUUUAGUGAGCCCUACGUGGGGUAUAUGUUCGACUACCUGUGGCGUCUGGUCGCACGCCUCUAUUUCAAAGGACUUUGGAUUUGCCUUGGCGGCUUUGAGUCGGCGUACCUCCUCUCUAAGCUCCUUAACUUCCUUAAGUAAUGCGUCCACGUGCGACCUACUACCAUGCUCUGGCGAAGCCGACCGCGUUACCUCCGUGGGUCUCUGUAGCUCCUUCUUCUUCUUCCCUUUGGCACGAUCCACCCAGGUAGGCUCCUCCUGGAUCCGCACGCUGGACACCGAGCGCCCCCUUGAUCUUGAGCGCUGCCUGAUUGCACCGCGUUUCCGCGCAGCUGGCGUGCGAGAGCGGCUUCUUUCGGUGCUGCGCUCCUGCACAGCUGGCGUGCGCGAGCGGCUCCUGCCGCCCGCCGUGAUGACGUCGGUUCCCAGCUGCAGCUGCUCGGCGCGUCGACGCCGCUGCCACCGUCUUCUUCUGACGGUACGAGCCGAUUGCGGGGAACCGCCCUCUCGAAGAAGCAAAAGAUGCUGGAAGCAAGCAGUGCACCAUGGUUUCGACGGGAACAAAAGCGAAGUGUUAGCAUCUCCUAAUGUUAGAAAUGUUCUUUGUUUCCCUCCGAUCGAGCAUGACGUCCGCGAUGCCGGUGCUGCCGUCCGCGAUGUACCGCGGCCCAGCGCCGCAAUACUCUGAGCCCCAAGAAGUGGGCAUCUACUCGCUCGUUGGCGCUGGGGGCUCGUACGCCUCCGGAAACGUGCACGGAAAGUACCUCUGCAUGCCGCCAAGAACGAGCAACCUCAACUGGGACCUGGACGCGGGAUUCGCCGACGUUGCCCGCUUUGAGAGGGAGAAAUGCGUGCCGUUCGUGUGCCGCCGAGGCGGCCUCCACAGCGUGUUGUGCACGCCGUACGAUAGACCGAACGACUGGCUCGUCGGCGCCACCCAACAUCGGGGAGUGGUGUACUUGCGUGCAUUCGACACGGAAGCCUGGAUGGAGCAGUUAAAGCAGCGGUCGACCGGCAACAGUGUCGACCAUUUCACCUACUGGGGCCACAAGUUCGAGCAGUACAUGACAAGCGAGAGGCCCGGCAUGGCGCCCGACACCAGCUCGCCGGUAGUCGAGCACGAGUCGGUCCAAGUGGUGGCACGCAGCCGACUGGGCGAGCAUGGCAUAAUCAUCGGCGGGGAGGUGGACGCCAUAGACCCGUCUGUCCUGACUGACUCCUCGCAGCAGCGCUCUAUGGCCAAGUACGUCGAGCUCAAAACCACAGCCCUGGUGAGAAACGAGCGCCAGCUUUGGAACAUGCGCAGGUACAAGCUGUGGAAGUGGUGGUCCCAGUCGUACAUCAUGGGAACGAAGCGAGUGGUCUGCGGCUGCCGCGACAAGGAAGGCUUCGUUCGGAGCCUCAUGCAGUUUGACGUCGACACAAUGCACGAGCAGUGCGAGCGGGAACACCUCUGGUUCCGCGCUGAAGGCCUCAACUUUUGCGACAGGUUUCUGUCCUUCGUCAAAUCACACCUGAAACAUGAUGAGCCCAAGGUGGUUUAUCUCUUCAGAUACGAGCCCGCCUGGGAACGAGUGACCUGCGAACGCCUCGAUGCCCCCGGAGAGUACGAAGUCCUUCCAGAGUGGUUCUUGAAUGAGUUUUGAAGAGCUCGCGAGGAACGUGACUUCAAGUUUAUAACUGAUCACUUCAGGCGAAUCAGAGUCUUGGGAAAAUUGCGACAUCGUAUAAAUCUAUAAAAAGGGAGACGCUGAAGAAUUGAAAAAUGAUAGGCCCAUUACUUUGUUUUCGUUAUUGUACAAAGCAUGUGACAUACUUUACAAUACCAUGAGGGCAGGACUUAGCUUCAUAUCAGAGAACAGGCUGGCUUUGUAAAGGAUUACAUUCAUGUAAAAAAUCAUGUAAUUGAGAAAUCUGUGAAGUUUAUUCAACAUAUAUGGAUGUUUUUACACGUAUCAUGAAAACUCGUUCGAUUGAUUAGAAAUACCAGCAGUCCUGGAGGCAUGGCGUAGUAAAGGAGUGAUGAAAGCAUAGGUGAAUAUCUUGAAUUAACACAGUAAGCUGGUCAAGUUGGUGACUAAACAUAUUCCUAGGGGCGGGCAGCGCAACCCAGACGAAGGACACAGAGACGUAGACGAUACGAACUCAGACUAACAACUGCUUUAUUUUUUCCAUACAAGUGAUUAAAUAUGCAGAGAAUGGGAUCAUGUGAUGAAGUGACGCGUACAAGUGGUGAUAGGGUGUUAGCCUAUCUUGCCAUUCAAAAACUUCGUUCCUUUGUCAUGCAGGGAGAAAGAAGUCUGGUUGACGCAUGCGCCUGAGUUGACACGCAUGAAGUAGGCUUCUACAACCUCGCAGUUGACUUGAUUUCCAUUUUAUACAUUGUAUCAUUUUUUUUUCAAACAAAGGUUUGCAUGGACAAUUUCGUGAAUGCGCGGCCAGACUCGAGCCUGUUGAAUUCCUGAUCAAACCUUGUUGCUCCCUAAGGCGGAUGGUAAGGAAGCGUCCCGUCUGUCCAAAGUACUUUUUGGCCGCACGUAAGUGGAAUAACGUAGACCACUCCCACCGAGCAUGCCAUGAGCUGCCUCGUGUGUUUCAUGCGGUGAAUGGCCUUGAACGCCUGCUUUGGUCUAUUGACGUGAUUGCAAAUCUUUUUUAACGGGAUUCUAGCUGAAAAGAGGAUUUGAAGGCCAUAUUCCAUGGCUGUCUUUUUUAACCAUGCCCCAUCUUAUGUACAUCAUAAACAUGAUAUCUUGGCCAAUAUUUGAAAAGACUUCAUAGCUACCUUAAAUUUUCGCAGAAAAAUCUGAAAAAUACCUGUCAAUGAAGGGGUCAAGCUAGGAGAUCCUGUAAAUCCAGUUAUAUUCGAUGCAUGCCUAGAAAAAGUAUUCAAGCUGUUAGACUAGGAAGGAAGUGUGAGAAUCAAUGUGAAACAUCUAAGGAACUUAGGAUUGUAGCGAAUUGGGCUAAUUUGUACGUCAUAUCUACAAUCGAGAAUGGUAGCGCAAAACCCACUGGAGGACGAUUCAGGUAGACUAUAACUUCCAACUGGGGUUACUUGUGGAGCGGGAAAAAAACGCGAAGUACAAACAAAACCAAGAAAACUGAUAAUCGACGAUAAGGGGUAAAAGUUAUGGGGUCACUUAAGUCUCCUUACGUGCACUGAAUGCGAAAGCAUUCUGUCUCUUUCGCACGAUACUUUUCACCUGGUCAUGUGCUCGAAUUGGGCAAAGUCGAUUUUUAUGGUGGGCCACCAAAUGUUUUGGGUGUGCCGAGUCAAUAUUUGGAGUGGACCAGGUCGGUUUUGAACGUGGUCAACUCAAUUAUUGAAUUGGCCAGUCAUUUCUUUCAUUUUGGGCGGGGGGGGAAGGGGGGGGGGUUGCCACGGCGUCCGUCCGACGUUGUGGCUGUUCACCGCGGGAUUUCACAGUGCGAACCGCAGCAGACCGAACGCCGGGAACGUGACUUCAUCACUUGGCCACGUGGGCUUUGGGAUCAUCGAAUGUUAACGCCGGACGCUCGCCGAAUUUUCCGCUUCAAGAGUAUAAUGCUUUCGGAUUAAUAUGAAAGGGUGAAAAAAAAUUGCGAUUCCUAAUGCAAAAUUUGAGCGCAGCUCAAUACUUGUUGUCGUUGCGCAAUAUAUUGGCUGGCGCGCACAAUCCGUCUCGUGCGGCACGUUGCAAACGGAGCGAAAUGUGGCACCACUGCGUCGCCAAUCGGGAGACCGCGAGAGGCAGCGCGUGGGUGACGCGUAAGCACAAUUCACACCAGCAGCCACACACAGAGCUCCACUCAUGCAGCGCUUUGUUUCCAUACAGACGACGUGCGCUACUCUGGCGCCAUCUCGUAGCCAUCGUCUCCACAAAGCCCGUCUUGCGCGGUACUACGCUUUUCUUCUGAUGCUUUCGACCUGCCCUUCUCCUCAGCUUUCCUCCUCGCGCUGCCUUCGCAAUCGCCGUCUUCCAUCUCCCGCUGCGCUCCGCGUUCGCUUUCAUACAUCGCUAUGCUCGUUCGCGAAGUUACGAGGGACAACGCCAACGCUCGCCGCAGGAACGGCCGCCUAAGAGCUGCGCUUUAAAAUGUUAAGGAACACCUUCAUAUCUUUUUUCUCGCAGCAUCAGUUCUCGGGAAAGCCGUCAGUGUAUCUCUCCGAGACACUGACGGCUUGCUUAACAUGAGCCAUGCUCGUGUAGCAUCUUCGCAGCCAUGUGGGUGCGGUCGUCUCUCUGUCUAUACUGUAAUGUUCUCGAAUACCGGUGAACACUUCUACAAAUGGCAAUGCUGUGCUCCACCUUUUUAAUUGCGGACGUUGUUCACGUGCUCCCCAAGCGGUCGUUUGUUCCUUCAAGAUAAGAUGAAAUUGCUAAGAAUCGACAAGCCUUUUUCAUUCGCAUCUCCCAAGAACAGAUUCAAUUUCUGAAGCAAAAAGUUGCUUUGAGCUGUAUGCUGUCUCAAUCGAUAUCAAGGAUCGUAUUAUCGCUGCCACAUACAUAGUUGCUAGAUUGUAUUACUAAUAGAAAAAAAAACAAUUUAGAUGAGCUCGAAUUCAAGUACAAGCUGGACCUGAACCAGGAAGCUUGCUGGGCCUCGUUACUUGACAUCCACGGUCACGAAAUGGGUUGAUAGCGUGUGCCUUCGGAUGGCUCAUUGUAAAUCAGCAUGAAAAACUCCCGCUACAGCUUUCUGUUGCUCAAUGCGUGCUACAUAAAAGUGUUUUUCCAAGCACGCGAAUACACGAAAUAUGGCCGCGUGGCACGCCGCUCGAGGCACGUUACCUGUAUCCAUAGGCUUCUCUCAAACCUGUAAAAACACAUUUAUGUAGCACGUAUUGAGCAACGUAAAGAACGUAAAGCUUUAUCGGGAGCAUUUCAUGCUGCUCUACAAUUUUCUCAUUGACACUUUUGAUCUUGUAAUAUUUGUGAAGCAGACUGUUAAUAGAGACUAAUUAUGUAAUUAGGUGGAGUGCAAAAAAUAAUAUAAUUAUCUCCAAGCAACUGCAAACAUUAGCUUGGUUCCGUUCAGCCACGUGGCAUUUGCAUAUUUUUAAAGUUUGGCUCAGGUUACGUGGGACACCUGGUACAGACACAGGGACGACCACUCCCGGAUUAUUGUUGAAGCUGCGAAGAUGCUACACAAGCAUGGCUCAUGCGUAAGCAAACCGUGUCCCUAUUGAACAGAGAAAUGAAUUUCCUGGGAUGCGGCGGCACACGAGAAAGGCGAUGAAGAUUUUCCUUUGCAUUUUUCCCCCUUCGAUUUCAUAUCUUCCAUUACCAGUUGCUCUUGGUUUUGUUUGUUUGUUGUUUAGUUUUGUUUUUCGAGUUUAUUUUUCCCAGUAUAGUAAACUACAGUUGGAAGUUAGUGCUCGCCUUCAUCACGUCGUCUGGUGUUCGUUUGCUUCGCGCUACCAUUCUCCCCAGUAAUGUCAGAGACCUACAAUUUGCAGAUGACAUGGUCCUGUUCAGAAACGCUGUAGAUGACUUGCAACAAUCGAUUGAGGACUUUAGCUGAGAAAGCGUACGAGUAGGUCGAAGAAUAAUAUGCAGAAUAUACAAAUAAUGUACUGUGGCUUAGCAAGAUCAUGAAAAUUCAUGACUGGAAGUCAGUUUUGGGCUGAUAACCGGGGGUCUAUAAUGUUACAGAAUUGGUGGCAAAACAAACUGCUGAGAAAUGGGUGGAGUGUCGAGAUUGAGAAAUUCUUAGCCCUAAAAUGGUGUUAGCUUUUGCAUUAUAAUCGGAGCCUUAAUUUUAAGAGCAAUAUAAUGUUAAUUGGUGGUACGCUCAACAUAACCCUUAUGUACAAAUCCUUGGCCAGAAACAAUUUUUUGUUGAAAUGAAGAUCUACUUACGAAUAGGAGUGGGCAAAUAUUCUAAGUUUCGGAUACAAAUCGAGUACUGCACCUUGAAUAUUCGAGUUCCUGUUCGAAAAUAAUUUUUCAGCAUUCUGCAAUCUUCAAAGCCAACCAACUUUUCCGUAAUAGCCGAUUGGUAAACUGUUCUGCACCUUCUUAAAGUUCUGCAAAUUAUCAGAAGCGACGCCACAGCCAAGUUUUCGAAGCAAUACUGAAACAAAAUCGGCAAUGGAAGUUUUCUUUACGGUUCCGCAGCGAAAGGUUGCACAUUAGAACCUGCGAUUUUCGCUUCUAGUCUGUCAUUUUACAGCGAAGCUGGCUAUGGCUAUUCUACGGAAAACUCGUGGCGGCGAACAGAAAACACCUCACCCGCCGUGGUCGCUCAGUGGCUAUGGUGUUGGGCUGCUGAGCAGGAGGUCGCGGGAUCGAAUCCCGGCCACGGCGGCCGAAUUUUGAUGGGACGAAGUGCGAAAACACCUGUGUACUUAGAUUUAGGUGUACGUUGAAGAAUCCCAGGUGGUCAAAAUUUCCGGAGUCCUCCGCUAUGGGGUGCCUCAUAAUCAGAAAGUGGUUUUGGCACUUAAAACCCAAUUAUUUAAUUUUAAGAAGACACCUUGUGGGAAAUCCAACUUUCUCGUGAAUUCUCUGUAGCUCUUAUUCUAAUGCAGGUAUCUUGGAAAAAAAUCAUACUGAAAUUGGCCACUGAGACGACUCUAUAAUUUACUUGUCAUAAUUAGUUGGUUCACAAUGAAGUUGUAAACGUUACAGAAUUCCCAUCUAUCAAAACAUGGGCACCUACGGAUGGAGCAUGAUUACAGAAAACAGCUGCAACUCUUGUUUUAUCGAAACUAUCCCGAAACAAAUUAUAUGAGAAUUAGUGCCUAAGACAACUCUAACAUUAGGCCGAGUUUCAUCUACUUUUUACAAUUACGUAGUUCAUAGUGAAGUUGUAAAUCUUGCGGAAUUCCCGUCUGCUGCCAAUACAAGAGCUUCUAUACGUGAGAGAAACGGACAGCCCCAUGUAUAUUCCGCUAGAAUAAAACUCUACUUCCUUUAAGUUUCAUUCAGCUAAUGAACUAGGAAGUAUGCUCAUUCGCAAAUUACAAAGAAACGUGCGCUACUUCGUGCACUCUCUUGAAGUGCGCACGCAUAUCGUCGUUCGCGUCGAGGCUCGGUUUAACCUGCGUCUAAACGACGAAGCUGCGCCACAAAAAGGAAAGAAAACAAAUGAUUGUGUAUUUCUUUGUAUUUUGCAUAAAUGUCGUAUACCUAAUUAUAUGUAUAUUUACAUACCAACAUACUGCAUACCAUUAUAGCAGCACUGCUGGUCAACCACCUUCACAGAGUGGAAUGGCUCGUCAAUUUUCGUUUCUAUGGUGGUCCAGUAACAUGUGGCCAUUUUAUCUUUUAUUCUACAGUUUGCGGUGUUUCUCACAGGUGACCAUGUUGUGCCUACGGCUCACAAUUCAUGCAAUAGAUCUUUGUUAUUUUUAAUUUAUGUUCUUUUUUCUUCUUGCAACCAUUCACUUGGCAUUUUUGGAUAGCCAAUCAUACAGCAGCCAUUCUUUCUUGAAAAUCUUGUUUGCGAAUAGGCUCUCAAGUUAUCUUUCGCCUAUUCGUGCAGCUUUUUUUUUAUUGCGCUUAGUGAUCUUAUGUUUCAAAUUGAUCCUUUGUCCUUGAUAUUCAGCUUUAUAUUUCUCAAAUAUUUGCCUCCUCGUUCGGCUAAUCGAUAUUCAACACUUACUUUUCGUAUUGGAUUCGUAUUCCAAGAAGUUGAUAUUCGCCCACCUCUCCUUCCCAAGCAUACAAUCUCUCAGAAUCACAAGAUCUACAAACACGACAUCAGCUUCCUUAAAUUCAAUAAUAUCUUGCCUAAUUUUUCGCCGCUGCUUUAGCAACAACGCUCAGCUUUUUUGAGGCAUGCACUUUCGCGCCACAAUGGAAAGAAAUAGAAAGAGCAGAGGAAAUAUGAAGCGCUUCCCUCUUUUACUUUCAACUGUGGCCCUAAGAACCAUGCGUCAGCAUCGAAACCAACCAGCCCAACAAGAAGCUCUUCUGUAACACUCAGUGCGUUGCUCUUACUCUUGGUUUAGGUCGUGAGGUAAAUGCUUCGUCCCUGCAUUUUUUUUUCAAAAGCGUUCAAUGCGGCAGUGAACUUUAAAGGGUUCUUAUAUAAAUUAAUUAAGCGAAACUUUGUACUUAAUAACGCCUCUCUCGGAGACUGGAGCAGCAGUUUUCUUCGUGCAAUUUUUCAGAUGCUAUUCAUAUGUCCCGGCCUACCCAAGGAUUCUCUGCCUCGUCCCGCUCUCUUUUUUUAUAUAAUAUUGAGGUUCCGCGCUGUGUUUCUGCAGAGAUUCGCCUUUAUGCAAAUGUCUGUUUCUUUUCUUCUUUUUUUGCAGUACAAUUAUUAAAAGCGAUGAUCCUGACGUUCCUAAUACUUCGUUUUCUUGUUGUUGCAGACAAUGUGAGCUUUGGCAAAUAAACAACAGCAUUGAAAAAG